UUGUCAUCUUGAAAUAAACCUCAAGAAGGUUCUCAACAGUACAGAUAAAGAUGACCAAAACCGAGGAGCUUCCCGACAGCCAUUCGUCUGGGGAAUUUUAUGAGAAAUAUGAGCCAAAGGAAAUCUUGGGAAGAGGGGUAAGCAGCGUGGUUCGCCGGUGCAUCCAUAAAAUUACCAGGGAAGAAUUUGCUGUUAAAAUUAUAGACAUCACAGCUGGGAAUUUGUCACCAGAAGAAAUUCAUGAAUUGCGAGAAGCCACUCUGAAGGAAAUAGACAUCCUCCGGAAGGUGUCUGGACACCCCAAUGUCGUCCAGCUGAAGGACAGCUUCGAAUCUCACACCUUCUUCUUCUUGGUGUUUGACCUAAUGAAAAGAGGGGAACUCUUUGAUUACCUCACAGAGAAAGUGACCUUGAGCGAGAAGGAAACCAGAAAGAUCAUGCGUGCCCUCCUGGAAGUGAUCCAGUACCUUCAUUCCAUGAACAUCGUUCAUCGAGACCUGAAGCCGGAAAACAUCCUCCUGGACGAUGACAUGAACAUCAAGCUGACCGACUUUGGCUUCUCAUGUCAGCUGCAGAGAGAUGAAAAACUCAAAGAGAUCUGUGGAACUCCUGGCUACUUGGCGCCUGAAAUAUUAGAAUGUUCCAUGGAUCCAGACCAUCCAGGUUACGGGAAGGAAAUUGACAUGUGGAGCACAGGUGUCAUCAUGUACACAUUGCUGGCUGGAUCGCCACCCUUCUGGCACCGGAAACAGAUGCUGAUGCUGCGGAUGAUCAUGAGCGGAGAUUACAAGUUCGGCUCCCCGGAGUGGGACGACCAGUCGGAUACGGUCAAAGAUCUGAUUGCCCAUUUCCUGGUGGUGAAACCAGAACGUCGCUACACUGUGGAGGAUGCUCUCGCUCACCCGUUCUUCCAACAAUACGUAGUGGAAGAAGUCCGACACUUCAGCCCAUUCCGGAAAUUUCGGGUCAUCUGCUUGACGGUCUUGGCGUCGGUCCGAAUCUACCUCAACUAUCGUAACGUCAAGCCGGUCACCAUGGAGGUGAUGCAGCGCGACCCGUACGGCUUGAAACCCGUCCGUAAGCUGAUCGACGCCUGCGCCUUCCGGAUCUAUGGCCACUGGGUGAAGAAGGGAGAGGCGCAGAACAGGGCGGCUCUGUUUGAAAACACACCCAAAGCAAUCCUGUUCAGCUUGGCUGCUGAGGAAGAGUUCUUUUGAGUUUGAAUGUGGCGACAGCACCGGCCUU